AUGCCACCGUACGAAAUGCUUUAUGGUAGAAAAUGUCGAACUCCCAUUUGUUGGGGAGAAGUAGGCCAACGAGAAUUAGGAGGAACCGAUGUCGUUCUUGAAACUACACAGAAGAUCGAUGAGAUUCGUGAAAGACUUAAAGCGGCUCAGGAUAGACAAAAGUUGUAUGCCGAUGUUAGAAGAAGGCCCAUUGAGUUUAUGGUUGGUGAUCGGGUUAUGCUAAACAAAUGUCUUGUUGAUGAUGCAACGUGUGUUCCACUAAAUGAAAUCGAGCUAGACAAGAAGUUAACUUAUGUCGAGGAACCGGUUGCUAUAGUUGAAGAAGAGUUGAGAAGGAUAAAUAAUAAGACGGUACGCACUUUCAAGGUACAAUGGAAGCACCAUAAGAACUCUAAGUAUACGUGGGAAACAGAGCAUGACAUGUUGGUGUACUAUCCGUCUUUGCACAUGGCAUGGAUCACGGGGACGUGA